GUGGCCCUGACAGGCGGGCGUUCUUUCCGGGGGGGUUAUGGGAGGGCUCUGGUGUCCGGGAUGGAGGUUUGCAGCUUUGUGUGGCCGGGGCUGGAGUCAGCUCGGCUGGGCAGGGAGGAGUGUGGUGUACGCAGAGCGGGUUCUUAGGCCCGGGUGGAAUGGGCUCGGGGGCACGGAGCCGGCACUGAGACAUCUCGGGACAUGGAAGCGCCCGAGCGGGGCCCGGGGUCCCGCCGAGCAGCCGCCACGGCGGCCCAGGAGCAGCAAUCCGUUCCAGCGCGCGCAGGAGGACGAGUGGCGGCGGCGGAACAAGACGGUGCUCACGUACGUGGCCGCGGCCGCCGUGGGCAUGCUGGGGGCCUCCUACGCCGCGGUGCCCCUCUAUCGGCUCUACUGCCAGACUACUGGACUUGGAGGAUCUCCAGUGGCUGGGCACUCAUCAGACCAGAUUGAAACCAUGGUGCCUGUUAAGGAUCGGAUCAUUAAGGUCACCUUUAAUGCUGACGUUCAUGCCAGUCUCCAGUGGAACUUCAGACCUCAGCAAACAGAGAUAUAUGUGGUACCAGGAGAGACUGCACUGGCAUUUUAUAAAGCUAAGAAUCCUACUGACAAACCAGUAAUUGGAAUUUCUACAUACAAUGUCAUACCGUUUGAAGCUGGACAAUAUUUCAAUAAAAUACAGUGCUUCUGUUUUGAAGAACAAAGGCUUAAUCCACAAGAAGAAGUAGAUAUGCCAGUGUUUUUCUACAUUGACCCAGAAUUUGCAGAAGAUCCAAGAAUGGUGAAUGUCGACCUCAUCACUCUUUCUUACACUUUUUUUGAAGCUAAGGAAGGUCACAAGUUGCCAGUUCCAGGCUAUAAUUGAAGUAGCUCCCAAGAACUGCUUCAGAUUUGUGAUUUUUGGAAAAUCAUGUAUUGUGCUUUCUCAGAAGAGAAAUAUUCUACAGUAAUGUAUUUUGAAACCUUGUAUUCUAAAUGGUUUUACCUUUCUUUCUUUGCAACUUCAUUUCUCCCACUUAAGACUGAGAAAACAAGUUCAAAACUCAGUCUGCGGUGAAAAGAUGCUGCUAUCCUGUGAUGGUGCUUAAGGGCAGGAAACGAACACUGCUCUGUUAUAAGUAAUAGAAUAUGAAUGUUGUUCAUAUUCCAAGCCUGAAGUAUAUAUGACUGCCCAAGGUAGCACAAGUGUGACUAUUAAAAACUGCAUCAUGGGCCAGGGAGAUGAAUCAGUGGGUUAAAGUGUUUGCCACAUAGGCCUGACAACUUGAGUUCCCCUUCUCGGAAUCAGCCUUAAAAGGGUGAAUGUGGUAGCUCACACCUGUAAUCCCAAAGUCGUCCAGUGAGAUGGGAGGCUGAGCCAGGAGAAUCGUCUUGCCUGUGUAUGCAUGCUCUGGCUGCCCACACAGAUAUAAACUGCUUUAAUAGCUCAGUUUCAUUUCUCCUUAAGUAUUAUCCCUUCAUGCCUAUAAUAAUGUAUUUGAAAACUUCAAAAAAAGAAACUGUAUGCAACUGUUUUGUUUUAGUUCAUAGGCAUGCUGGCUUCUAUUUUCCUUCAGUAUAAACUGACACCAUUUAAAAUUUUCUAAAUAUUUUUAUCUUCUUAAUAUGUGGGGAAGAUGAAUGGUACCUAUGCUACAGCAAACAAUGGACAAGCUCUGGGAGACAGUUUUCUCUCACUAUGAGGGUCUCAGGAAUCAGACAAAAUGCUUUCACCUGCUGAGAUUUCUUUGGCUGAACCAACAGUUAAAAACUCAGUGUGGAAGAAGAGUCACUUAUUCCCAGGUUUACACUUAGUUCAAGCACAGUUUUUUGUUAUUGUUGUUGCUAAGUUUGAGGGCUGACUAGAUAAUCACUUGUAAAUGAUGGUAUCAUGAUCUAACAGAAGAAUUGCACCUGCUAAUCUAAACUAUCAUUUACUACCAUCAUUCCAAGUUUAUUAACAUUAUCAUGUAAGGGUGAAAUUAAGAAGACUUACUGACCUAAAAGCUCACUAAACUAGAAGACAAAACAAAAACAACACAACUCUGACAAAUUAAUAGUAAUUUAAUUUGUGUAAAUGAUGCAUUGUCCUGUUUUCCAGUAGUCUGUUUCAAAUCAGAAUGUAAAUUAUAAAAGGCAAGAAUGUUUAACAUUAUAAAGAACUAACUACACCUAAAGGCCACCUGAUGCAGUGGCCUGCUCAGGCACUUGAAAUAUAAUUAAACAAGUCAUCAAGUUGUUCAAGCAAUUCUAAACCAAAAUGUUAUUUAUAAAGAAGUACAAACUGAAUUCUACAUUCAGAUUCAGUUAAAUAAAGGCACUCAUUUUCUUCCUUUCCCCUUGUGUUUACAAUGCUUUAUAGUAGGAUGAUCGAUCUUAAAGUAGCCCAUUUGUAGAUCUGUCAGGAUUUGUACUGGUAUCAAUGCUUGCACAAUGUAAGAGUCCACAGUUUAACCAGUUGGCUUAGUACUAGGCAGUUUUCCUCACAAUCAGAUUUUCUUGAAAUCUCAAGCCAGCAGUGUUGGCCAGGAAGUGUUAACUCUUGUGUUGAAGCUUCCAGCGAAGAAAUGGUCCACUGAGGCUUUCCUUGUUGGCAGGUCUUGUCUUUCAGGCCUCAGCUGAUCAGGGACUACUUUAGAGAGCUGGCCCCUUGUGAUGAAUCUGAAAUAAAGGGAAGACCUUGGCCCAUCUGCCCUUCCUGACUGACUGGAAGACCAACAUUAAGCAGCAGAAAGGCUGGAAUGUAUUUCCCCCAUGGUUACAAAUGAUAGGGAAUAAGAAGAGAACAGGGUCAGUGGAGAUGAGGCAUCCAGUAGUGUGUGAAUAGGAUAACGGGUGCAGGAGCACUAAUGAUGGCUUCUGUUGGUCCAGGUUACUGCCCACCGGAGCCAUACAUUAAAAAUGACAAGGAAUUUCUACUGGUCAUCUGGUUUUGUUAGCAUUAAUAGUUAAAUACCCAAAACCAACUUCUGAAAUUUCCAUGCCUCAUUUCUAGAUAAGAGCACAGAGAUUCUAUUUCAUGAGUGAGCACUGGUCAUCACUAAGUAAUUCAGAGGAACUUGACAUUUUACUAAAACAAGUGUCAGAAACAAGUGUCAGGUGGUCCUUACAGAAUUUCGUACAAAAUGUGAUAAUUCCACUGAAAUUAUAUCAAAGUUAAGUUGCAUAAGUAAGCUGAUGUCUUUUACCUCAGCAGUCACUGUGACUUUGAGCUCCUUUCUGGUGGUAAGCAUCAAUUUCUUCAUAAACAGCACUGAAAAGAAACCAAGGCAGAAGUAUUACACAUCAUUUUCAAAGUAUCAUAUUACCAUUACAGGCUCUUGGGGGGAGAUCAGGCAUCAUAAGUGAAUUAAAACAGAUCUUUAACCUUGAGCUUAUUCUAACAGAAAACAAUGUCUUUGCUAUGUCUUUUCAAAUCCAAUUUAGUCUUACUUUUGAUUUAAAGGAAAACUAUGACUCAAAUUUGGGCAGUUUGAUUUUUUUUUUUAACUUCAAAGAUAAAGCUCUGGGUUAAAAUAUUAAAAAAAAUUUAAGUCUGCCUUAUUUAACAUUAUAUUAUAGUCUAAACUUGGGAGAAACCUGUAGCUUGUACUGGUCAUCUUUGAACCUUUAAUAAAUUAUAAUUUUUAAUGAUUUACUUCA